UUGAGGGUCAAAAGUCAAAGGCAUGAAGUUUCCAAGAUGAGCAUUCACACACAGGAAAGAGAAGAAGCAAACUAGUCCUUGGGACUGGAAAACCAUUUGCAUUGAAUAGGGCAGUUAAAUCCGCGGUUGACAGCUAACCUUCAUGUGGAUACAGCGUUCCUUUCACACUUGCAUUCUUGUUUUUCUCCUUUUCACGGGUUUUCUUUUUCUUUUCCUUUGCCUUCACCAUCUCAUCUGCACCACUUAUCACUCACUCCCCUCUCUCUCUAGCUACCAACUUCUGUGUUCUUCACUUCUCUCUUCAUGGGGUGCUGCUUCAGUGCCAGGAUCAAAGCUGAGAGCCCUCCACGCAAUGGUUUGAGUUCAAAGGAUGGUAACAAAGAUGAGGAUGGCUUGAGCGGCUUAAGCAGCAAGGUCUCCACUCCCUCUGUGCCUCUAACGCCGCGGACGGAGGGUGAGAUCUUGAAGUUCUCAAACAUGAAGAGCUUCACCUUCGGUGAGCUAAAAAUUGCAACAAGGAACUUUCGUCCGGAUAGUGUGGUGGGUGAAGGUGGAUUUGGUUGUGUUUUUAAGGGGUGGAUUGAUGAGCAGUCCCUUGUACCAGUUAGACCAGGGACUGGAAUGGUCAUUGCUGUGAAGAGGCUUAACCAAGAGGGUCUGCAGGGACACAGUGAAUGGUUGACAGAAAUCAAUUACCUGGGGCAGCUGCAUCAUCCUAAUCUUGUGAGACUGAUUGGUUACUGCUUAGAGGAUGAUCAACGGCUUUUGGUGUAUGAGUUUUUGACCAAGGGAAGUUUAGAUAAUCAUUUAUUUAGGAGAGCUCCUUACUUUCAACCACUUUCUUGGAACAUCCGAAUGAAGGUUGCUCUUGAUGCUGCUAAGGGUCUUGCAUAUCUUCAUAGCGAUGAAGCAAAAGUGAUAUAUCGAGACUUCAAAGCUUCUAAUAUCUUGCUUGACUCAAAUUACAAUGCAAAACUUUCUGAUUUUGGCUUGGCAAAGGAUGGACCUGCAGGUGAUAAGAGUCAUGUCUCUACAAGGGUAAUGGGAACAUAUGGCUAUGCUGCUCCUGAAUAUAUGGCCACAGGCCACUUGACCAAGAAGAGUGAUGUAUACAGUUUUGGGGUUGUUCUGCUUGAAAUCAUGUCUGGCAAACGUGCACUUGACAACAACAGGCCAAGUGGGGAGCACAACUUGAUUGAAUGGGCCAAACCUUACAUCAGCAGCAAACGCAGGAUCUUCCAAGUCAUGGAUGCUCGCAUUGAAGGCCAAUACACAUUGCGCCAAGCUAUGAAAGUAGCCAACCUUGCCAUUCAAUGCCUCUCUGUGGAGCCAAGAUUUAGACCAAAAAUGGAUGAAGUGGUGAGAGCAUUGGAAGGACUUCAGGAUUCUGAUGACAAAGCUGGAGGGGUGGAAAGCUCUCGAGAUCAAACUGUCAAAAGGAAUGGCCAUAGCUCUAGCAGCAAUGGCCCUAGACAACAACAUAGAGGUAAACAACAUGAAACAAGAUUUCACAAGUGAAACUUAAGAAGUGAAUGUUGAUUUCGUGUUGUGGCCUUCUGAUUUUGCUCGAGUUGCUACAUUGUAUGUAUGUAUAUCAUGAUGAACUUAAGAAAUGUCUUAAGAUGUCUGAUUGCUGUACAGAUGUUGAUUCAGUGUUAAUAUUGAAAUUUUCAUUUCUUCCAA